AUGCGACAGUGUUACCUCAACCAACAACCUGACGGCAUCCACCAAAAAUUGUACCCAGACUACCCAGACAGACUGCCCAGACUACCCAGACAGACUACCCAGACAGACUACUCAGACAGACUACACAGAAAGACUACCCAGACAGACUACUCAGACAGACUACACAGAAAGACUACCCAGACUACACAUACAGACUACACAGAAAGACUACCCAGACAGACUACCCGGGAGACUACCCUGACUACUCAGACAGACUACCCACACAGACUACCCACACAGACUACCCAGACUACCCAGAAAGACAACCCAGACAGACUACCCAGACAGACUACCCAGACAGACUACCCAGACAGACUACCCAGACAGACUACCCAGACAGACUACCCAGACAGACUACCCAGAGAGACUACCCAGACAGACUACCCAGACAGACUACCCAGACAGACUACCCAGACAGACUACCCAGAGAGACUACCCAGACAGACUACCCAGACAGACUACCCAGACAGACUACCCAGACAGACUACCCAGACAGACUACCCAGACAGACUACCCAGACAGACUAACCAGGCAGACUAUCCAGACAGACUACCCAGAGAGACUACCCAGACAGACUACCCAGACAGACUACCCAGAGAGACUAUCCAGACAGACUACACAGACAGACUACCCAGACAGACUACCCAGACAGACUACCCACACAGACUACCCAGACAGACUACCCAGACAGACUACCCAGAGAGACUAUCCAGAAAGACUACCCAGACAGACUACCCAGAGAGACUACCCAGACAGACUACCCAGACAGACUACCCAGACAGACUACCCAGAGAGACUAUCCAGACAGACUACACAGACAGACUACCCAGACAGACUACACAGAAAGACUACCCACACAGACUACCCACACAGACUACCCACACAGACUACCCAGACAGACUACCCAGACAGACUACCCAGACAGACUACCCGGGAGACUACCCAGACUACUCAGACAGACUACCCAGACAGACUACCCGGGAGACUACCCAGACUACUCAGACAGACUACCCACACAGACUACCCACACAGACUACCCAGACUACUCAGACAGACUACACAGAAAGACUACCCAGACAGACUACCCAGACAGACUACCCAGACAGUCUCUCCUGGUCCUUCAACAUGUCAGCAGCAGCCGUCGCCAUCGCCUUCAUCGGCAUCAUCCUCGUCAUCGUCUCCAGGAACAAAGCCCUGAAGAACUUCGGCUUCUUCCCCAAGGACGUCGCCCAGCGGAGGGUAGGGUCCCAGCAGACCAGCGGCACCGGCACGCCCGUGUCUACCAGCAGCCGGGCCCGGGGGGACACGCCCGCCACACUCAACAGAAGCCAGAACAUUUUCGGCCCGGCGGAGCGACGCCCGCCACCGCCCGCACCGUUUACAACAGCAGCAUCAGCCGCUCCCCCCGGGGCGUACGGUCAAGGUCAUAACCCACCGAUCUUUGUCCAAAGUCGUGGGAGUCUUCCGCUCUCUGACCCGGUGUACCCACCCCCCGUGGCGUACCCACCCCCCGUGGCGUACCCACCUCCCGUGGCGUACCCACCCUCCACGUCUCACUCACCUGGGGAUCUGCGCCCCCUUAGGGGAGCCAUCAGGCCCACAGCGCCGCCCAUGGACAGGUCCGAACCCCCUUAUGUUGAAAGCCCUCCCCCCUCAUACUCUGAGGCGGCCAGAUUUUCAACUCUUCAAAACCAGGGGCCCUAA